ACAAAAGAAUCAUUUAAAACGUGACUAGAAGAUUGCAAUCCUGGAGAAAUAAGUGAUUUUUUCCCAGAAGUUCAACAGGACGUCUUUGACGUCACUGCUCCAGUAGACGUCAUCAACCGUAGGAGGGUUAUACUUGAUGCGGAUCAUAAUGAAUCAGGAGCCCUUAGGGGUAGCAUCGGACGUGGUGCACCCGAACGAUUUGCCGAGGUGGAGCGAAAUAGCUCCAGCUCAUUAUCUGACUGAUUACAGUGCCAGCGGAGCACCCAAGCACAAUAACUCACCCUUCCCGUACGACUCCGAACUCAAUCACAAAAUUAUCUUAUGGUCUGGUGAUAUUUCCGCACUCCAAGUAGAUGCUAUAGUCAAUUCCACGAACGAAUCGAUGAACGAAAGUAAUUCGGUCAGUGAUAGAAUUUUCCAAAGGGCCGGAUCUGAGCUUAAAGAGGAAAUCAAUUUAGAUAUAAGAGAGUGUAGAACAGGAGAAGUCAGAGUUACACAAGGACAUGCACUGCCAGCUCGAUAUAUUAUACACACCGUUGGACCCAAAUAUAAUAUAAAAUACCAAUCUGCUUCAGAAAACACAUUACAUAUAUGUUAUAGAAACGUUCUCCAGAAAUCAAAAGAAAUGGGUCUCCACUCCAUCGCCCUGUGUGUCAUAAACUCCGUGAAAAGAAAUUAUCCCCCCGACGAAGGAGCACAUAUAGCAUUACGUACGGUGAGGAGGUUUCUCGAACACCACGGUAGUUCUUUUGAUACCGUCAUCUUCACGGUCGACAAUACAGAUUUAGGUAUUUACGAAGUGCUAUUACCUCUUUAUUUUCCACGAUCUAAAUUCGAAGAAGACGCCGCUCGGUGGCAAUUACCUUCAGACGUUGGAGGACACGACGGAGAGCCCAUGGUGCCAGACAGGCAAAUUCGGAUUAUCGACAAUCCACAACACACUCUUCACGCCGACGAAGAAUCUAUAGAUUUGUCGUCUCAAUUGGAAACAUCCAUAAACGUUGGUGAACAUGCAUUCAGUCAAAUGCAGGGUGAUCUCGAUCAGCAGCGGCUUCUUGGGGAAAGACCCUAUAAUGAUCCACUCGCCGACAUUAUGGUCAAGGAAAUACAACACCAGGAACGAUACGAGCGGCUCUUGAGACGUGCCAAAACCGAAGACCUGACGGAGGUCUCUGGAAUCGGCUGUCUGUAUCAGAGUGGAGUAGAUAGACUUGGUCGGCCAGUGGUGGUAUUCAUCGGAAAAUGGUUUCCUUUUAACAAAAUUAAUUUAGAUAAGGCUUUAUUGUAUCUAAUAACGUUGCUGGAUCCGAUCGUGAAGGGCGACUAUGUUAUCGCCUACUUCCAUACGCUUACCUCCAGCAGCAACUAUCCGUCGUUUUCAUGGCUGAGAGAGGUAUAUAAUGUGUUGCCUUACAAGUAUAAGAAGAACCUUAAGGCUUUCUACAUCGUGCAUCCGACGUUUUGGACGAAGAUGAUGACUUGGUGGUUUACGACGUUUAUGGCGCCGGCUAUUAAGCAAAAAGUACACAGUUUGCCCGGAGUGGAGUAUCUCUAUGCGGUGAUGUCGCCUGAUCAGUUGGAAAUUCCAGCAUUUAUUACCGAGUAUGAUAUGACUAUAAACGGCCUGAGGUAUUUUCAGCCCGGAGCGCCGACAUAAUCGCUCUAAACGUUAGUGUUUAGUGCCGAACUUAGUAUUCAUCCCCCAAGUGAUAAGUUUGCAAUAUUUGACUAGUGCUAAGUUGUGCUGUGCCAACUGAUAUAUUAGAACAGUCGCUGUUUCCAGCCGACGUUUCAUUUUUCAACUUCGCCUUUAAUCAAUUACAUAUUAUUAAUCAUGAGAACUAACCGAGAUAUAUAGCGUACUUCUAACUGCUUAAAUCGAUCAUUUCAUGGACGACAGUUAGUUUAUUUGACGUACCUAUUUUAUUCAUCUGUACUUAGGUUUAAGUUUGCAUUCCACUGAAAUAUUGGAGAUUUUAAUGAGAUUGUUGGUUUAUGCAAAGGUCCUCUGCCAUUGUAACACUCCAGGCAGCUUUGUCUUGCACAAAUUUAUUUAAAAAGACUGGAAUGAAAGUUCAAAGGUGCCAAACUAUUGGAUUGUCAGUGGUAGAUAGCCUUUCCAUGUUGUUAAAUUUUAUGUCAUUGUUAAUGUUACAGUAUAUUUUGUAAGACUAAUUUGUUUUUUAUUUUAUUUGUGUUUGUAGACAAUUAAAAUUCGUAGUUAGGAUUCGUUGGGUGAAUUUACGUAAAUUUCAUAAUUGUUGUAUCAGUAAAUAACUUACUAACUAUAUUUUAAUCUUAUGUAAUAAGGUUUGAGGUAGUCAGAGUGCUCAAUCGACGUAAGAGGUGGCUGAGUAGUCCUGGAACUCAAGUGACUUAUAUUUAAUAGCAAAAAUGAAUUUUCAACUAUUAAAUAUCGGUCAGGGAUGAGUGAAGAGUUUUUUUAUAGCGCCUAAUUUGCAUAUUGUUGAUUUGAUUGCAAUGACCGUCUGUCGAAUUUUCCAAACGUUUGUCAAUGUUGAUGCAUUUAUACCUCUAUAACAAUUUUCUUGUAUUCUAUCAAGAAUUUUACUAAAAUUUUCGAUACUUGAGAUCCUUUUACUGUUGCUUGAUAACAUAGUCACUAUGUUCCUGAGGGGAUACUGUUAAUCACGUUUACACAAAAAUUUUGAAAAUUUCUUUAAUGAUCAACAAAUGAACAUCAAGAGAGCAAUAUGAAGAUAUGAAUCUAAAUUUAUUAUAGUGUUGUAGUUGCAUAUUAUAAUGAUGUUAUUACUUAUAAAUAUUUUACAUGGAAAAAUCCAUCUGCAAGUUGUUGAGUAUUAAUUUUAUAAAUGACAACAAUAUGGAAUAAAUAUUGUACACCUCA